AGCAAUGUAUUCGAGCACGCCUUGCUUCUCUGUCCCAGUUGGUCUCUGACAGCUCUCCUGGAAACUCUUUGAAGAAGAUAUUCCUUUCGCUGGGGAGAGCUUUAUUUGUACUUGUGGGAUUAUUGUUUGUUUUCCUUUUUGUUCUUCUCUCUUUUUCUCUUCGGCAAAGGAAGAAUUACAAUAAAACUCCAGAUGCUUUUCUCGGCGAGGAAGCGAAGGAGAGACUGUUGAGCAGCUGCUGAACAUGGGCAAGCUUCAAUCGAAACAUGCAUGCAAGCGAAGAGAAAAUCCUGAAGGAGACAGCUUCGUGGUGAAUACCUAUCUGAAUCGCCAGGGUCUGGAAGAGUAUGAACGGCAAAGGGCUUCGAACGUUGUCCCGGAGCCAGCGAAGCAGCGCGGAUACCGACCUCUCUCUACGGAACUUUUGAAUGGAGAACUGAAAGGUGGUCAGUUCCUUGAUGACCAGUGCCCCCUAGAGGUGGUGCUUCCCCCAGAGAAGGUGGAACCAUGUGAUGGAAUCACGCCGACUUUCACUCAGGAAGAUGGGGAAAAGUGUCCCAGUAAAGAAACCAGUAGAGGCGCAAGCAAAAAAAGGCUGAACUUUGAUGAGCUAGAAUGUGACGUGUCUGUUGAAGAAGAUAACCAUCAGGAAUGGAUCUUCACUCUUUAUGAUUUUGACAACAGUGGCAAGGUUACGAAGGAGGACAUGUCCAGCCUGAUGCACACCAUCUACGAAGUUGUAGAUGCUUCGGUGAACCAGUCAUCCUCCAGCAGCAAGACCUUGAGGGUAAAGCUAACAGUGACCCCCGAACCUCUUCAGAGGAAGAAAGAUGGUCCUACCAGUGGUCAAGAUCGAGAAAGCAACCGGAGCAGAAAUGAAGUUGAACAUGUGGAGGAAACGAAGAGUCCAGACAAGAGGUUGUCUGCCCAGCUGAGAAGAUACAACAGUGACCAGCAGCAGUCAAAUAUUCGUGAACAAUACUGUGUCGAUGAAAACACAGAGAGAAGAAACCAUUAUUUAGACUUGGCUGGGAUAGAAAAUUAUACAUCCAAAUUUGGACCAGGGUCCCCGCCGCUACAGACCAGGCAAGAACACCACGGGAAAACCCCUCACUCCCAAAGCAGGUCACGAUCCCAGGAAUCGGAGACCCACGGCAGUCACCAGCGCCGAUCGCAGCUCCUCCUGGACCAGCCCUCUCCAACAUUUGGGGGUGAGCUGCGGUCAGGCGAAGCCCACCAGCGGCUGAAGUGCCAGGAGAAGAUGCUUGGGAAGUCUCCUAAAGGAGUGGGGAAGGUUUCUGCAGCACCCGGCCAGAGUGGUGGAAACAAGGCGGGUAAAGGCCUGCACUACCACUCCCAGCCCAGCCACCCGGGUCACGACCAUUAUCACUUCCAGCAGCAACAGCACAACCAUAAAAAGUACAGGCAACGAAUAAAAGACAUCCACUCUCCACUGAAGUCAGCUCACGUUCAGCCCCUGGCACUGGAGCAAGAGUUCGUCCGCGACCUGCCGCCGGUCAUGUCGAGCGACGGCUACAUAAUGCCGGUCGUUCAGCGACAUGAGCACCAUCAUCACCACGAGCACCAUCAUCACCAUCACUACCACCACUACCAUCAGUCGUGAGGAGCCGGCGGCAACGGCAAGCAAGCAGGAAAACAAAAGCCCCCAGUUGUGGGCUGCCCUUUGCCUGUCCACAUCACUACUGUACUUUGUACAUGUCGUAUGAUGGCAGCAAACAUUUUUGAGCUGAUGCAAUGAAGCAACAGUUGGGGACUUUUUUUUGUUUGAACUGAUACAUGUGCAAAUCUCUUUAGGGUUGAUAAUCACUUUUAUUUAAUCCUCAUCCCCAAUGCCUGCUUGACUGGGGUGAAACGUGCAGCUCCUAGCUACACAGGAGACUGCGCAUCACAAAGCACAGGCCUACUUUAUAUUUCUUUUUAUUCAUAAUGUUAUUUGAAAAAUAAUCCAAGAAGAUUUGAAACACCACUGCCAUUACUCUGCUGCGUAAAAAAAAAUAUAAACGUCAGAUUUUAUUGUUUUAUUAUUAGCUGAAUUGGACUUCCACUUCUCUUUAUUGGACUGGAAACAUUACAACUCGCUUGCUCUGUGGUGCUACAGAUGUGAGCUACCAUGAUGACCCAUCACUAUCGGAGCCAUUAGCUCAUUCCAAGAGUCAUUUAGUGAAUUGCUUCCUCUGUCAAAGCAAGAUUAUCUUUACUGUGGGAUACCAAUCGGUGUUUAAUGUUAUGAACCGAAACAUAGAAUAGUCUAUCAGCAUGUAUUAAAAAAAACACCAUAAGGAUGAAUGUAACACAUAGUAACCAUUGUUAAAAAUAUAAUUUAUUCAUAUAUUGAUAAAUCUUUUAUUUUUAGUUAUAUCUUGCUAACAUUAUCAAUUGGGUCUUGUUUUCAUUGGGAAUUAUUUGGCUUUUUUUUGUUUCUUAAGAAACACUCUUAAUUUUUGUUGUAUUUCGUGUGUAUGGCAUUGUGAUUGAUUUCAAUGCAAUGUGCACAGUUUUGCUUUGUCUUUGCAAGGCAUUUUCAAGAAGCUGUACACCUGUGAGGACUGUACACCUUAAAGCAAUUAGUGAUGUUAUGUUUGUGAGUAGGCUGCUAACACAGUAGCUCCACUUCAGUUCUGGUUCACUCUUUGUGAAGUUCCUUCCACAAACCUCAUUGUAUUUGAUAAGGAGUGUUUUGAAAAAUAUCUUCACUUGUGUCACUGUCAAUUUUUUUUUAUUAAAAUGAAAGUCCUGGAGAAAGUUGAAAUGACUGUUGGUCAACCCAAGACCUAGAACAGACUAUUUUAGAGACUGAAGCAUGAGAAAAUCUGCAGAUGCUGGAAAUCCAAAGCAACACACACACAAUGCAGGAGGAACUUAGCAGGUCAGGCAGCAUCGAUGGGAAAGGUAAACGGUCGACACUUCAGUCCGAGACCUUUCAUCAGGACUGGAAAGAAAGAGAAUUCCUCUUUCUGUCCAGUCCUGAUGGAGGGCCUCCGCUCAAAAUGUCAAAUGUUCACAUUUAUUCCAUUUCAGAAACUGAUUUUUUUUUAAAAAAAGAGCCCCCAAUCUAGAUAAUGCUACUUUUUAUAGAAACCCAUUGCAAUCUGUUAUUCAUUGCAAAACAUUACUGCCUCGUCAAGAUGCCAGAAAGUUUCUGUACCACAGGUCAUUGUUGAAAUGUAUUGAAAACUUGGUCACAAUCAAUUUGGAGCUGACCCAUUUGUUUAUGAACAAAGGCAAUAUGUCACUGUAAUACUUACAUUCCAAUUUUGUGUGGAUUUCUCCCAUAUUAUGUUGACAGUAUUUUCCCAGAUAUGUUAUUAAAAGUAGUCAAUACCAUAUUGUAGUGAUAUUUUUGUAAAAGAAAAGACCUUUCAUAAUAGUUCUACUUUAUUGGACAUCACUGCGGUUUUUUUGUAUAGUGUUGUAUAUGGACUUAAUUAAAUGCAUUAUUUAUUUAA